UUGAAACUGCGGCCGUCAUUAGGAAGUUUAAUCUCGGGAAAUCUUCCAAUCCAUUGUUGUAAUCUAAAUUAAGCGAUGAUUCCUUUCUGAAACCCUGAAUCGAUCCCUUAGAUGAAGAAAGAAGAGCCUUCUACAAAAAAAAACCCAACCUAGAAAAACCGCACAUUUUUUACCUUCCACGUCGUCGAUUUUUGCAGCUAUUACCCCAUUCAACCUGAUCACUUCUUGCAACUGCAGCAGCACAAGAAGAUUGACCAGGUGGAGAAGUCCGCUGACUACAUGGACUCCAGAGUUUUAGAGGGUGGGAUGGUAUCAGUGGGCGUCUUAAGAAAUGUACGUUCUUAACUACAAUUUGGUAGUUCUAAGAACAGAGACUAUAGAAGAAGAAACAGAGGGAAGAAUAUGAUAAUGGGUAGAUAUAAUGAACUACACGAUUGAUUAACAGAACUUUUUGAGAAUUAAUGAGCUUAUUGGCUGAAGAAUGUAACGUUAUGCUGAAGGCUGCUGCUGCUGCUAAUACUGGACCAUUUCUUCUUCGGAAAAAGUUUUAAGAGGUUUCAACACAAGGACAUUCCGCAGCAUUACAUCUAUCCAAAGAAGAAUAUUGGAUAUUGCUGAUUUGAACGUUUGUUGAACGAUAUUCGAGAUAAGAAUCAACUGGACAUCUGUGAGGAUUCUACUUAUGCAGUCAGGCAAUAAAUAUCACAGGUAUUAAGUCACGCCACAGAUUUUGAAACUGAUAUCAACUCUCCUUCAUUGGCCAGUCUGUCUGCAUUGAGUCUGGCUUGGAGGAAUUCACGUCCGACUUGAUAAGUUCUUUGAUGUCGACAUAUGUAAUCAGUAUUGAUUGGUGAAAACCUUACUGGUUUUGUUGGCGUGUGACCUUUCUAGAGGAUCCUUCAACUUGUAAAUUUCUUCUGGAACAACCAGACCUACGUGCAUAAUGAUGAUGUCAGAGAGAACAAAUUUCCUCUUUGCAACCCUACUGGCCAGUACAGUACCAGGUUACGCAUCUUUGGAGUAUCAACAACUAAACAAAAUAGAUAGACGUUGAAAAGAAUAUUUCUUGCUUCACCACAAUCAGACCAACAGAUAAGCCUUGAUGAUGUCUUGCAACUACAGGCUGCAGCAUAGGGAACACUGAUGAAAGGAGCAGCAGUCCACUUUAUGGACUCCAGAGUUUUGCAAGGGUGGGCUCGUAUCAAGUAUGGUAAUGAUUCUGGUACACGCAUUUGUCUGCGAUUUUAAUAUUAAGUGCUUGUAUAGGAAGUGAUGGGUGUCUCAGACUACAAAAACAGAGAGUUUGAGAAAUGAAGAAAUAGAGGAACAUUUGGAAUUUAAUUAUGAGAAGACUGUUAGAAAUCUAAAGCAAAAUCCUUGUACCUCUUCUUUUUGACUUAUUGGUAAAUCUUUGUGAUUCUUUUUGGAAGUCCACAUAUUUAAGUUGAAAAAUGAUUUUUGGUAAUUCUAAGAACAAGACUUAUGGGGAGUAGUCUCUCCUCAAAGUGAACUAGUUGGGGGAAAAAACAGGCCUAAAUCAUGCCACUAUGGUAGUAGACACUACCCCGUUUUACCGUAACUAUUUUGGUCACUACUUCGAGCGAAGAGUACUGUAAGAUAGUGAAGUUAACACGACAUGGCACAGAGAGUAAUCUACAGAUAUGGACUACAGACUCUUUGCCGAAAAAAUUAAAAAGAAAGAAAGGCAUGGGCCGCAGAGAGUCUGCCAUGUAUGAACAUUUUCACUACUGCAUCUGAUAGGGAAGUAGUGUGAAAAAAAAAGAAGGCAAAAUGCAAUAACACUCUUAACCAUAAACGAACGAGCAGACAAAGUUGAAUGAAAAGAAAUGGUGGGCAGGGAUGCAAUGACCAACCAAAGUCGGUUGUGCUGAAAAAAAAUGGUGGGUAUGGUACGUUAUUAGGAGCUACAGAGCUUGCACCACAGAUUCUGUACAUGUAAGCUCUUGACUUGAGACGUCAAGAACUCAGGCUCAGCUCAGCUCUCUUCUUCUUGGGAUCACCAGUUCGACUCCUGCUGCUAACUUAAGAAACCCAAUGGCAGAAUUUGAAAGGUUUGAUGAUAGCCAUCACUUGCUGGGUCAUUACAGAGAUUGAAGAGCUUCUUAGCACUAAAUGCAGCGUCACCAAGGGGUUAAACUCCAAAGGCUGCUGCUGUGAUACUGCGACCAGUACUUUGCUGUUAGUAAUGGUGUCGUCCAUUAGUCAUUCAUCGACAAAAAAAAUGCUUCAACAGCUGGUUCUUUGAACCUAUAGACGACUUUCUUUACUACCUGGUUUUGAUCUCCAUUUCCGCCACUCUAAUGGCGAAAGAGAGCAAGAUGAUGAUUGAUCCUGAGAGUGGUUUCUGCUCAGAAACAAAAAUUUACCAUAGCUUACUUCCUCCAGCUCCUCUACCUCCGUCAACCUCCUCUCUCUCAAUUUCAGACUAUGUUUUAUCUCUUUUACAGAAACAGUACACUAGUAGUACCUCUGACUUCUAUCCUGAAAGAGUCACUGCAGUAAUUGACUCAGAAACCGGUGACCGAGUUUCAUAUUCUGACUUCCUUAGCAACAUCAAAUCUUUAUCACAUUAUCUGAAAUUGAUUGGUUUGUCUAAGGGAGACACUGCAUUUAUUCUCUUACCUGCAACUAGCCAAAUUCCAAUCCUAUACCUGUCUCUACUCUCUAUAGGAGUCAUCGUUUCUCCAUCAAAUCCUACUAAUACUGCUACUGAAAUAUCUCACCAAUUAAAGCUAUGCAAACCGGUGAUCGCGUUUGGCACUUCAGAAACUGCUCACAAACUUCCAUCUGGUCUCCGAUACAAUACGAUUCUUCUUGACUCGCCCGAUGUCCACUCCAUGAUGAACUGUUCAUUACUUAGGCAGGGCUAUAAGUACUCAGUGGAGGAGAAGGUUAGUCAGUCGGAUACAGCAGCAAUUCUAUACUCGUCAGGAACAACAGGCCGGUUCAAGGGAGUUGUAUUGACUCACCGUAACUUGAUAGCCACUAUAGCAGAGAUUUACGCCUUCAAACAGAUUGUGAAAGUAAAUGCCAGAGCUGUAAUGUACUUUAGUGUGCCAUUUUUUCAUGUCUAUGGGUUUCUUGGAAUAUUUAGUACGGUGGUAACAGGUGAUACACUAGUGGUUCCGAGAAAGAGGUUUGAUUUUUGUAUGAUGAUGAAGGCAGUAGAGGAUUUUAAGGUGACAGUCUUGGCUGUGGCACCACCGGUAAUCUUGGCUAUGACAAGGGGAGAGUCAUCAUUAGCCGGUGUAGGAAUAGCGGAGACAUAUGAUUUGAGCUCGUUGGAAGGAAUCGUUUGUGGAGGAGCUCCAUUGCCAACUGAGGUUAUUGUGAAAUUUGGGAGGCGGUUCCCCAAUAUAGCCAUAAGACAGGGGUAUGGGAUAACUGAAGCAGCGUGUGCCAUCUUUCGAGCAGCUGAUGUUUGGGAUUGUCGUCGACUUGGUUCCACGGGGAAGCUCAUAGCAAAUAUCCAAGUGAAGAUUGUUGAUCCUGUUACUGGUGUUGCUUUACCUCCUUGCAAGCAAGGGGAGCUUUGGGCAAAAGGUCCAUCGAUAAUGAAAGGCUAUGUUGGUGAGGAAGCUGAAGGGAUGUCAUCAACUCUAGAUUCAGAAGGAUGGUUAAAGACGGGCGAUCUGUGCUAUAUCGAUAAUGAUGGCUUUCUUUAUAUUGUUGAUAGGUUAAAAGAAUUGAUCAAGUAUAAAGGGUACCAGGUUCCUCCAGCAGAAUUAGAAGAGUUGCUUCAUUCACAUCCAGAUAUCCUUGAUGCAGCGGUGAUCCCGUAUCCUGACGAAGAAGCUGGUGAAGUGCCAAUGGCAUUUGUUGUGAGAAAAUCUCAAAGUUUAAUCGAUAAAACUCAAGUUAUAGAGUUUAUUUCCAAACAGGUAGCGCCGUAUAAGAAGAUUAGGAAAGUAGAGUUCAUUGAUUCAAUACCUAGAAAUGCUCCAGGGAAGAUUUUGAGGAAGGAGUUGAUCAAACUUGCACUCUCGUCAAGGGUCACUACUACAAAAACUGCUGCUAGGUUAUGAUCUUUGUUUUUUUUUUGUUGAGAGACUAUCUUUGAGUGAGAGAUAUUUAGGAUUUCUGAAUGUUGUUUUCCUCUUUCUGGUUCUUGUAGUAACUUGUAAUUCUUGUAUAUUCUCUUUUCUGAUACUCCCUCCGUCCCAAAUUGGUUGACCUAGUCAUUC